AUGGUUUUAUCUAACCAGAACACUUCUGCUCAGUUUAAACCCACAAAUGCACAAGGGGCAGAAAUGAUGGGUGCAAGAAAAUUCAGAAUGGAUUUGAGACCUAAUAGAAGAGCUCUAAGUGUGCUGAAUCAGAAUUUAGUGGGAGCUAAUCCAUUUCCUUGUGUUGUUAACAAGAGAGUUUUAUCAGAAAUAACCGGGAUUUCUGACACAAACCCUCCAAUUCCAAGGAAAAAUGCCUCACAAAUGGCACUCUCCCAGAAAACGUGUCCGGAGGACACAAAGAAACCAAAGACAUCGGUUGAUGAAUUCACUAUAUGGGAGGAUAUCCCUCUAUCAGAUGUAGAGGGAUCAUCUGUGUCCAUGUCUUUGGAACAAACAGAAACUGAAAUUACCGAAAAAGAUCAAAUGGACGAAGUUGAAAUGGAGGACAUAUUUGAAGAGACCAUUAUGGAUAUUGACAGUUGUGAUGCGAAAAAUCCCCUUGCAGUUGUUGACUAUGUUGAAGAUCUAUAUGCCUACUACAAGAAAAUGGAGAAUUGUAGCUGUGUUUCGCCGGGCUAUAUGGUACAACAACUUGACAUAAAUGAAAGGAUGAGGGCUAUUCUAAUUGACUGGCUUAUUGAGGUACACCACAAAUUCGACCUUAGGGACGAGACAUUGUUUCUAACUGUAAACCUAAUAGACAGAUUUUUAGCAAAGCAAACUGUCGAAAGAAAGAAGCUGCAGCUUGUUGGUUUGGUUGCUAUGCUCUUGGCUUCGAAAUAUGAGGAAGUUUUAGUUCCAGUUGUCAAUGAUUUGAUAUUUAUUUCGGACAAAGCUUACUCAAGAAAAGAAGUCCUCCAAAUGGAGUGGUUGAUGCUCCAUACAUUGCAGUUUACAAUGUCUCUUCCGACUGCACACGUUUUUAUGAGAAGAUUUCUCAAGGCUGCUCAGUCGGAUAGGAAGCUUGAGCUACUCUCUUUCUACUUGAUUGAGCUUUGCUUGGUGGAGUAUGAAAUGCUCAAAUAUUCGCCUUCGUUUUUGGCUGCUGCUGCAAUAUAUACAGCUCAAUGUACGCUUUAUGGCGUUGGACAAUGGUGUAAGACGUGCGAAUGGCAUACAAACUAUUCAGAAGAUGAACUAUUGGAAUGCUCAAGACUGAUCGUCGGGUUCCACCAGAAGGCAGCAACCGGGAAACUUACUGGGGUUUACAGAAAAUACAACACUUCUAAGUUGGGAUAUGCAGCAAAAUGUGAACCGGCAAAUUUUCUUGCACAAAAUGUCCCAUAA